AUGAGUAGAAGAAAUCAUACAAACGUGCCUGAGUUCAUCCUUGCGGGGUUGACAGAGUCUGCGGAGCUGCAGCUGGUCCUCUCUGUGCUGUUUCUGCUGAUCUACCUGGUCACUGUGCUGGGGAAUGUAGGCAUGAUGCUGAUCAUCCGCCUCGAUCCCCACCUGCACACCCCCAUGUACUUUUUCCUCUCUCACCUGUCGUUUCUGGACCUCACGUACUCAGCUGUCAUCACACCCAAAACCCUGGAGAACCUGCUGACUUCCACUAAGUCUAUUUCUUUCUUAGGCUGCUUCAUCCAGUUGUUCUUUUUUGUCUUCCUGGGUACUGCUGAGUGUUUCCUCCUCUCCUCCAUGGCCUAUGACCGCUAUGUAGCGAUCUGCAACCCUCUGCACUAUUCACUCACUAUGUCCCCAAGACUCUGCUGCGCCCUUGUCACUGUGUGCUAUGUGAUUGGCUUUAUGGAUUCCUCUGCCAAUGCUCUGUGCAUGAGCAGACUGCACUUCUGUGACUCCAAUGUCAUCCGCCACUUCUUCUGUGACACAUCCCCUAUGCUAGCCCUGUCCUGCACUGACACAUACGACACUGAAACUGCCAUAUUCAUUAUUGCUGGCUCUACCUUAACGGUGUCGCUUAUCACAAUAGCUGUGUCUUAUAUCUUUAUUCUGUCUUCUAUCUUGAAAAUUAAUUCCACUUCAGGAAAGAAAAAAGCCUUCUCUACCUGUGCCUCCCAUCUCCUGGGAGUCACUCUGUUUUAUGGCUCUAUGAUUUUUACUUAUUUAAAACCCAGAAAGUCCUACUCCUUGGGAAAGGAUCAAGUGGCUUCUGUCUUUUAUACAAUUGUGAAUCCCAUGCUUAAUCCACUCAUUUACAGUCUUAGAAAUAAAGAAGUAAAAAAUGCUGCUGUCAGAAUUAUGCAGAAGGAAAACACGACGAAGCAGGUGAAAUUGCCCUUAGGCUGA